GCGCGCGCUCCGUGUAGGCCGGGACGGGCGGCCCCGUAGCGCAAGGGAGGGCGGGAAAGGAAGGGGCGGGACACAAGGGCGAAUCUAUAAAGGGCGUCAUUCAGCCAGUUCUCUCCUCAGAAGCGCCGAGAGCGCGACCAGGACGGUUGGAGAAGAAGGUGGCUCCCGGAAGGGGGAGAGACAAACUGCCGUAACCUCUGCCGUUCAGGAUCCCGGUUACUUAUUUAUUCGUUACCCCUUUUCUUCUUCCUCCCUCCCAAAACCUCCUCCUUUCCUGCCUUCUUUUGUUUCCUUUUUGGGAGCCGACGAAUCUCCGGAAAGGGAGAAAAGGCUUUCGGCCCUUCUCGUUUCUCUGCCUUUCCCCUUCCCCCCCUCCCCCACCUUUCCCUCCUCCGGCCUCUCCCUCCCUAUUCCGGGAGGUCUUUCCUGGUGGCCGCCCGGACGGGUUCUGAGCACUUAGGCGGCGGUGGCGCAGGCUUUUUGUAGCGAGAUUUGCGCCUGCGCAGCGCGCCUGCCUCACCAUGCACGGGGGUGGCCCCCCCUCCGGGGACAGCGCAUGCCCGCUGCGCACCAUCAAGAGAGUGCAGUUCGGAGUCCUGAGUCCGGAUGAGUUGAAGCGGAUGUCUGUGACAGAGGGUGGUAUCAAAUACCCAGAAACAACAGAGGGAGGUCGCCCCAAACUUGGGGGACUAAUGGAUCCACGGCAGGGGGUGAUUGAGCGGACUGGCCGCUGCCAAACAUGUGCAGGAAACAUGACCGAGUGUCCUGGCCACUUUGGCCACAUCGAACUGGCCAAGCCUGUGUUUCAUGUGGGCUUCCUGGUAAAGACAAUGAAGGUUUUGCGCUGUGUCUGCUUCUUCUGCUCCAAACUGCUUGUAGAUUCUAACAACCCAAAGAUUAAGGACAUCUUGGCCAAAUCUAAGGGGCAGCCCAAGAAACGGCUUACGCAUGUCUAUGACCUUUGCAAGGGCAAAAACAUCUGUGAAGGUGGAGAGGAGAUGGACAACAAGUUUGGUGUGGAGCAGCCUGAGGGGGAUGAGGAUCUGACCAAAGAGAAGGGCCAUGGUGGCUGUGGGCGGUAUCAGCCCCGGAUCCGGCGCUCUGGCCUAGAGUUGUAUGCUGAAUGGAAACAUGUUAAUGAGGACUCUCAGGAGAAGAAGAUCUUGCUGAGUCCAGAACGAGUGCAUGAAAUCUUCAAACGCAUCUCAGAUGAGGAGUGUUUUGUGCUGGGCAUGGAGCCUCGCUAUGCCCGGCCUGAGUGGAUGAUUGUCACAGUGUUGCCUGUGCCUCCUCUCUCUGUGCGGCCCGCUGUGGUGAUGCAGGGUUCUGCUCGGAACCAGGAUGAUCUGACUCACAAACUGGCUGACAUUGUGAAGAUCAACAAUCAGCUGCGGCGGAAUGAGCAGAAUGGUGCAGCUGCCCAUGUCAUCGCAGAAGAUGUGAAACUUCUCCAGUUCCAUGUGGCCACCAUGGUGGACAAUGAACUGCCCGGCUUACCCCGUGCCAUGCAGAAAUCUGGCCGUCCCCUCAAGUCCCUGAAGCAACGGUUGAAGGGCAAGGAAGGACGGGUUCGAGGGAAUCUAAUGGGCAAGCGAGUGGACUUCUCAGCCCGCACUGUCAUCACCCCUGACCCUAACCUAUCCAUUGACCAAGUUGGUGUUCCCCGCUCCAUUGCUGCCAACAUGACCUUUGCAGAGAUUGUCACACCCUUCAACAUUGACAGACUUCAGGAAUUAGUACGCAGGGGAAACAGCCAGUAUCCAGGGGCCAAGUACAUCAUCCGAGACAAUGGUGAUCGAAUUGACUUACGUUUUCAUCCUAAGCCCAGCGACCUUCACCUGCAGACUGGCUAUAAGGUGGAACGGCACAUGUGUGACGGGGACAUUGUUAUCUUCAAUCGUCAGCCAACUUUGCACAAAAUGUCCAUGAUGGGGCAUCGGGUCCGCAUCCUCCCCUGGUCUACUUUUCGAUUGAAUCUUAGUGUGACAACUCCAUACAAUGCAGACUUUGAUGGAGAUGAGAUGAAUUUGCACCUGCCACAGUCUCUGGAGACACGGGCGGAGAUCCAAGAGUUGGCCAUGGUGCCUCGAAUGAUUGUCACCCCCCAGAGCAAUCGACCUGUCAUGGGUAUUGUGCAAGACACACUCACGGCAGUACGCAAAUUCACUAAGAGAGAUGUCUUCCUGGAGCGGGGUGAAGUGAUGAACCUCUUAAUGUUCCUGUCCACCUGGGAUGGCAAGGUCCCACAGCCAGCUAUCCUCAAGCCCCGGCCCUUGUGGACAGGCAAGCAGAUCUUCUCCCUCAUCAUACCUGGUCACAUCAAUUGUAUCCGCACCCACAGCACCCAUCCUGAUGAUGAAGACAGUGGUCCUUACAAGCACAUCUCUCCUGGGGACACCAAAGUGGUAGUGGAGAAUGGGGAGCUUAUCAUGGGCAUCCUUUGUAAGAAGUCUCUGGGCACCUCAGCAGGCUCUCUGGUCCACAUCUCCUACCUAGAGAUGGGUCAUGACAUCACCCGCCUCUUCUACUCCAACAUUCAGACUGUCAUUAACAACUGGCUUCUCAUCGAGGGUCAUACCAUUGGCAUUGGGGACUCCAUUGCAGAUUCCAAGACUUACCAGGACAUUCAGAACACUAUUAAGAAGGCUAAACAGGAUGUAAUAGAGGUCAUUGAAAAGGCUCAUAACAAUGAGCUAGAACCCACCCCAGGAAACACAUUGCGUCAGACAUUUGAGAACCAAGUGAAUCGUAUUCUCAAUGAUGCUCGAGACAAAACUGGCUCCUCUGCACAGAAAUCCCUCUCUGAAUAUAACAACUUCAAGUCUAUGGUGGUGUCUGGAGCUAAAGGUUCCAAGAUCAACAUCUCCCAGGUCAUUGCUGUUGUCGGGCAGCAGAACGUGGAGGGCAAGCGGAUCCCAUUUGGAUUUAAGCAUCGGACUCUACCUCACUUUAUCAAGGAUGAUUAUGGACCUGAGAGCCGAGGCUUUGUAGAAAAUUCAUACUUGGCUGGUCUCACACCCACUGAGUUCUUCUUCCAUGCCAUGGGAGGACGAGAAGGUCUCAUUGACACAGCUGUUAAGACUGCUGAGACUGGGUAUAUUCAGCGAAGGCUGAUAAAAUCCAUGGAGUCGGUGAUGGUGAAAUAUGAUGCAACGGUGAGGAACUCCAUUAACCAGGUGGUACAGCUGCGCUAUGGAGAGGACGGCCUGGCCGGCGAGAGCGUUGAGUUCCAGAAUCUGGCUACACUUAAACCUUCUAAUAAAGCUUUUGAGAAGAAGUUUCGUUUUGAUUAUACAAAUGAGAGGGCCCUGCGGCGCACUCUUCAGGAAGACCUUGUAAAGGAUGUGCUGAGCAAUGCCCACAUCCAGAAUGAGCUGGAACGGGAAUUUGAACGGAUGCGUGAAGAUCGGGAAGUACUCAGGGUCAUCUUCCCAACUGGUGACAGCAAGGUGGUCCUCCCAUGUAACCUUCUGCGGAUGAUCUGGAAUGCUCAGAAAAUCUUCCACAUCAAUCCUCGCCUUCCCUCUGACCUGCACCCCAUCAAAGUGGUAGAGGGAGUCAAAGAAUUGAGCAAGAAGUUGGUAAUUGUGAAUGGAGACGACCCACUAAGUCGGCAGGCACAGGAGAAUGCCACAUUGCUCUUCAACAUCCACCUAAGAUCCACACUCUGCUCUCGCCGCAUGGCUGAGGAGUUUCGGCUAAGUGGAGAGGCUUUUGACUGGCUGCUUGGGGAGAUAGAGUCCAAGUUCAACCAAGCCAUUGCCCAUCCUGGAGAAAUGGUGGGAGCUCUGGCUGCUCAGUCUCUUGGAGAACCUGCCACUCAGAUGACCCUGAACACCUUCCACUAUGCUGGUGUGUCAGCCAAGAAUGUGACGCUGGGUGUACCUCGACUUAAGGAGCUUAUCAACAUUUCCAAGAAGCCAAAGACCCCUUCACUCACUGUCUUCCUGUUAGGUCAAUCUGCACGAGAUGCUGAAAGGGCCAAGGACAUUCUUUGCCGCUUGGAACACACAACAUUAAGGAAGGUGACUGCCAAUACAGCCAUCUACUAUGACCCCAACCCCCAGAGCACAGUAGUGGCAGAAGAUCAGGAGUGGGUGAAUGUGUACUAUGAGAUGCCUGACUUUGAUGUGGCCCGAAUAUCCCCCUGGCUGCUGCGUGUGGAGCUGGACCGAAAACACAUGACUGACCGGAAGCUUACCAUGGAACAGAUUGCUGAAAAAAUCAAUGCGGGUUUUGGCGAUGAUUUGAAUUGUAUCUUCAAUGACGAUAAUGCAGAGAAGUUGGUCCUUCGUAUCCGCAUUAUGAACAGUGAUGAAAACAAGAUGCAAGAGGAGGAAGAGGUGGUGGAUAAGAUGGAUGACGAUGUUUUCCUGCGGUGCAUUGAGUCCAACAUGCUGACAGAUAUGACCCUGCAGGGUAUCGAGCAGAUCAGCAAGGUAUACAUGCACUUACCUCAGACAGACAACAAGAAGAAGAUCAUCAUCACAGAGGAUGGAGAAUUCAAGGCCCUGCAAGAAUGGAUCUUGGAGACGGAUGGUGUGAGCCUUAUGCGGGUGCUGAGUGAGAAGGAUGUAGACCCUGUGCGCACCACGUCCAAUGAUAUUGUGGAGAUCUUCACGGUACUGGGCAUUGAAGCUGUACGGAAGGCCCUAGAACGAGAACUUUACCACGUCAUUUCCUUUGAUGGUUCUUAUGUCAAUUAUCGGCAUUUGGCUCUCCUGUGUGACACUAUGACAUGCCGUGGCCAUUUGAUGGCCAUCACUCGUCAUGGUGUCAACCGCCAGGACACUGGACCGCUCAUGAAAUGCUCCUUUGAGGAAACGGUGGAUGUCCUUAUGGAAGCAGCUGCACAUGGGGAGAGUGACCCCAUGAAGGGAGUCUCUGAGAAUAUUAUGCUGGGCCAGCUUGCUCCAGCUGGUACUGGCUGUUUUGACCUCCUGCUUGAUGCUGAGAAGUGCAAAUACGGCAUGGAAAUCCCCACCAAUAUCCCUGGCCUGGGGGCCGCUGGACCUACUGGGAUGUUCUUUGGCUCUGCACCCAGUCCGAUGGGAGGAAUAUCUCCUGCAAUGACACCCUGGAAUCAGGGUGCAACUCCAGCCUAUGGUGCCUGGUCCCCAAGUGUUGGGAGCGGGAUGACCCCAGGAGCAGCUGGCUUCUCUCCCAGUGCUGCGUCUGACGCCAGUGGCUUCAGCCCAGGUUACUCCCCUGCAUGGUCCCCCACACCAGGCUCUCCAGGCUCCCCUGGACCCUCAAGCCCAUAUAUCCCCUCACCAGGUGGUGCUAUGUCUCCCAGCUACUCACCAACGUCACCAGCAUAUGAGCCACGUUCCCCUGGGGGCUAUACACCCCAGAGCCCCUCAUACUCCCCUACUUCACCUUCCUACUCCCCAACCUCUCCAUCUUACUCUCCAACCAGUCCCAACUACAGCCCUACGUCCCCUAGCUACUCGCCCACCUCUCCGAGCUAUUCCCCAACUUCUCCAUCCUACUCCCCGACCUCUCCUUCCUACUCCCCGACCUCUCCGAGCUACUCCCCAACAUCUCCGAGCUAUUCACCAACAUCACCUAGCUACUCUCCAACUUCUCCCAGCUAUUCGCCGACAUCUCCUAGCUACUCCCCGACGUCUCCCAGCUACUCACCAACUUCCCCAAGCUAUUCUCCCACCUCCCCCAGUUACUCCCCGACAUCUCCGAGCUACUCACCAACUUCUCCAAGUUACUCACCAACUUCCCCAAGUUAUUCACCCACCAGCCCUAACUAUUCUCCAACUAGUCCUAACUAUACCCCAACCUCGCCCAGCUACAGCCCAACCUCACCCAGCUACUCACCUACUAGUCCAAACUAUACACCUACCAGCCCUAACUACAGCCCGACCUCUCCAAGCUAUUCCCCAACCUCACCCAGUUACUCCCCCACCUCACCGAGCUACUCCCCCUCGAGCCCACGAUACACACCACAGUCUCCAACCUACACACCGAGCUCACCAAGCUACAGCCCCAGCUCGCCAAGCUACAGCCCUACUUCACCCAAGUAUACCCCAACGAGUCCUUCCUACAGUCCCAGCUCACCAGAGUAUACCCCAACUUCUCCCAAAUACUCACCUACAAGCCCGAAAUAUUCACCUACUUCUCCCAAGUAUUCUCCCACCAGCCCCACUUACUCACCCACCACUCCAAAAUACUCACCAACCUCUCCUACGUACUCACCAACCUCUCCAGUCUACACCCCGACCUCUCCCAAGUACUCCCCUACUAGCCCUACCUACUCACCCACUUCUCCCAAGUACUCGCCCACCAGUCCCACCUACUCACCCACUUCUCCCAAGGGCUCCACCUACUCUCCCACUUCUCCUGGCUACUCCCCCACAAGCCCCACCUACAGCCUCACCAGCCCAGCCAUCAGCCCAGAUGACAGCGAUGAGGAGAACUGAGUGUGAGCGGGGUGCAGCAGCAGCAGCUGGUUAGGAUCAGACAACCUCAGUGGCCUGUGCGUCACUUCCCUCACAGGCUCUGACCCUAACCUGGGUCCCUUGUACAUAACUCCUUGUGAUGAAACCCUCUGGAAGUUCUGGAUCCCAUUUUUGAUGGGCUUUUUGUCUUGUCCUCACUCGUGCUGUCUCGGACUCACUGACCCAGCUGCAGGGUUUUGUUACCCUGCCAGUUCCCUGCCUGGCUCCACCAUGAAGAUCUCUGUUUACCUGUGACCUGAUUGGGCUGACAGGCAUUUUAACUUCGGAAGGCUAGUUCCUGCAUUGGGUCACACAUCUGAUCUGGAAGAACAAAGCUUAAGCUGCCUUUGUCUGUUAUUUUUUGACAUUGAAAUAAAGUUUACUAAUUUUGACCAAAA